AUGAAGAAGGAGAGGGAGACCGCUGAAAGGCCAUUGGAGGAGAGAGGCCAGUGGGGGAGUAAAGUAGAGUUCCUCAUGGCAGUGGCGGGGAACGUAGUGGGGCUGGGAAAUGUGUGGAGGUUCCCUUACCUCUGCUACAAGAACGGCGGCGGAGCGUUCCUUGUGCCAUAUUUGCUGUUUGCGGUGACCUGUGGGAUACCCCUGUUCCUGCUGGAGACUGCCAUGGGACAGUAUACCCAGGAGGGGAGCAUCACCUGCUGGAGGAAGCUGUGCCCAUUGGCUGAGGGAAUUGGUUAUGCAGGUCAACUGAUCCAGUUUUACAGCUGCAUGUGUUAUAUCAUCAUCCUGGCCUGGGCUCUCUUCUACCUCUACUUCUCCUUCAGCUCACAGCUGCCCUGGGCCAGCUGCUCCAACACCUGGAACUCAGAUCACUGUGUGGAUUUUUCCAACCGAAACCUCACCACAAACUGGACCCAACAGCCCAACAACUCAUCCUCUGCAGCCACUGAGUUUUGGGAGAAACGUGUGCUGUUGAUCUCGGGGGGCAUUGAGGAGGUGGGCAGUGUGAGGUGGGAGGUCCUUCUGUGCCUCAUCAUCAUGUGGGUCAUCUGCUACUUCUGCAUCUGGAAGGGGGUGAAGUCUACAGGCAAGGUGGUUUAUUUCACAGCUACUUUCCCAUACCUGAUGCUUUUGGUGUUGUUGAUACGAGGGCUAACUCUACCUGGAGCUCUGCAGGGGGUGGUGUUCUACCUGUACCCUGACUCCACCCGCUUGGCAGACCCACUGGUGUGGAUGGAGGCAGCAUCUCAGAUCUUCUUCUCCUACAGUGUUGGAGUGGGUACCCUGAAUGUGCUGGGUAGCUACAACACAUAUAACAACAACUGCUACAAGGACUGUUUGUGGCUGUGCCUGCUGAACAGCAGGACCAGUGUAGUGGCGGGAUUCGCGGUCUUUUCUGUGCUGGGGUUCAUGGCACAUGAGCAGGGCGUCGCCAUUGAGGAAGUGGCGGAAUCAGGACCUGGUCUGGCAUUCAUUGGGUACCCCCAAGCAGUAGCAAUGAUGCCCCUACCUCAGCUGUGGGCCGUGUGCUUCUUCAUUAUGAUCAUCCUGCUGGGCCUGGACACACAGUUUGUGGGGAUGGAGGGAGUGAUCACAUCUGUGACAGACAUGUUUCCUACGGUACUGCGGAGGGCCGGGCACAGAGAGAUCUUCCUCCUGCUCUUCUGCCUCUCCUGCUUCAUCUUGCAGCUGGUGAUGGUCACACAGGGGGGGAUGUAUGUGUUUCAGCUCUUUGACUACUACGCCUGUAAUGGGGCCUGUGUGUUCUUCCUGUGUGUGUUCAAGGUUCUGGCCAUGGGCUGGCUCUUUGGGUUCUCUGAGUCUUACUCUGGAUCGGUUUGCACCAGGGGGCAGGGUGUGGAGCAGACGAAGGAAAGCGGUCAGAGAGUGAGGAACGGACAGCACUAG